GAAACCAGUUUCUUCUUUUGAUGGAUAGGUUCAUUGCAGAUUUCACAUCUUCGUGGGUCAUUCGUGAGUUGACUCUUGUGAGUGCUUCCAAUCUAGAGUUUCGUUUUACACUUAACGUGACUCUGCCUCACCAUUUGCUCCCACUGUGUGCAGACGGUGUUCCAGACCCAAGCUGGGAAAAUUCUUUCUGGAAGGUUACUGUGAUGUGUGUCAGGGGAAGUUGCAAGAAUUACACAGAUUCCUUUAGCUCCCCUGAUAGAGGAAAAGGAAGAGGGUGUCUGACUGUCACAGCACCCCAGAACAGAAGCCAGAAUGCAUCCAAGAGGGGUCGUGCACCGUACAGCCACUCUCAGAAGAAGCACAAGUGCUCGGUGCACUACAGUGUAAAGCAAAAAUCCUCAAGCAGCACAGCAAGCAGUGUUGCCACAUUGUGUGAUGCAAGUGAACAGCAAACCUCAGAUAUGCCCUCUGCUACCCCAAAGGACUCUGAUUGUAAUGAGAUCCUGAACCUUAAUUCUACAGAAUCCAGAGAUACGGAUAAUGAAAGGCACUUAUCCAGCCCAGACAGCAAUCUGGGCAAAGAGGAACCUGCAAAGCAAGAUCCUCACCUCCAACAAAGGACUGCUAAUGAAAGCCCUUUGAAGGAAAAGCCUGUUCUAUGUAUGUUUCCUGUGGAAACAAAUUUGAAAACAUCAGAGAGUCUAUCUGAGCCCAAACUGCAGCCGGACUUCUGUGAUCUUCCUGUGCCUAGUAAAAUGUCUGUAAGUCACCUGUCAAAGAAUCUGUCAAAUCCACAGAUGGAAUCUCAGACUGUUUCUAAGAAGAAUGAGGGGAACAGGCAGCAGACACCCCCUACCUCACACAGAGAGGUCUUGGAAUCUACAAGAAAACAAGCAGCAAAAGAUGCUUCUAAUGAGGAGAUUUCCCGUAGCACUUCCAGGGAGGAGAAACUUUGUGGGCGAAAUGAUGCACUUGCAGCAAUUAAGCACGAAGAGCCACUUAGGGAAAAAAGCCCCAUCGACGAGAGGGAUGGGAUUUUCCAAAAUGAAAAUUGGAAUAAAAACAGAUCUUCUGCCAGAAAAAAGAAAAAGAGAAACAGCUUUUUUCCUGCAAGGUGCCUCCUUCACCCACUCCUUUCAAACGGAUAAGCUUUUGUUUCCUUGAUUUUUAUUGCAUGACAACUUGGCCUCACUCGUCUUGUGACUUUUACAUUUAGU